AUGAAGGUACGGCCGCUAGUCGGUGGCGCGAUCUUGCGCAAUGUCAAGUUCACCCAGAAGAACUAUGAUUCCUUCAUCGCCCUUCAAGACAAGCUACACCAGAACCUCGCCCGCCAGCGUACGUUAGUCGCCAUCGGAACCCACGACUUGGAUACUAUCAAGGGACCCUUCACAUACGAGGCGCGACCGCCGCAAGAAAUUGUCUUCACGCCCCUCAACCAGACCAAGCAGAUGAACGGGGAGGAACUGAUGGCUUUCUACGAGAAGGAUAAGAAUAUAGGUAAAUACCUACACAUCGUCCGGGACAAUUCAGUUUAUCCCGUCAUCUACGAUGCGAAUAGGGUAGUCUGCUCGCUGCCACCCAUCAUCAACAGCGACCAUUCCAAGAUCUCUCUCAACACCAAGAACGUCUUUAUAGAAUGCACAGCAACGGACCAGACUAAGCUGGAAAUCGUCAUCAACAUGAUGGUCGCAAUGUUCUCCGUCUAUGCCGAGGAGCCUUUCACCGUCGAACCUAUCAAGGUCAUAUCCGACCACAACGGCCAGACACGGAUAACACCCAACCUAACACCACGAACAACGACUGUCGAGGUCGACUACUUGAACGGUUGCCUUGGCCUCUCCGAGUCCGCCGAGAAUAUCAGUAAACUCCUCUCAAAGAUGGCCUUAGCAGCUAAGCCCUCAAGCGAGAACCCGAACGCCCUAAUAGAAGUUACAAUACCGCCGACGCGCGCCGACAUACUCCAAAGAUGUGAUAUCAUGGAAGAUCUCGGCAUCGCAUACGGAUUCAACAAGCUCCCCAGGAUGACCGUGACCAAGACAGUCGGUGCGCCCCUGACUCUUAACAAAUUAGCCGACAUCGUGCGCCUCGAGUCUGGCAUGGCAGGCUGGUCCGAGGUCAUGCCCCUGAUCCUAUGCAGCCACGACGAGAACUUCGCAUGGUUGAACCGCAAGGACGACGGAACCAAAGCGGUCAGACUCGCCAACCCCAAGACCGCCGAGUACCAGAUUGUGCGCACGUCGCUGCUCCCCGGCCUACUAAAGACCAUCCGCGAAAACAAGGGCGUGGCCCUCCCGCUCCGCAUCUUCGAGACCUCGGACGUCGUGUUCAAGGAUCCUAGCGUGGAGCGAAAGGCCCGCAACGAGCGCCACUUCGCCGCUGCCUGGUACGGCAAGGCUUCCGGCUUCGAGGAAGUUCACGGCCUGCUGGACCGCGUCAUGGCUAUGCUGCGCCAGGCCUUCCUAACCCACGACGAAGGCCUCACCGGCAAGGACAUCGAUUUCAAAGUCACCCCCCAACACCUCAAGCGCGACGGCUACUGGCUCGAGCCUAUCGACGACGAGGCUACUUUCUUCCCCGGCCGCGCUGCUGCCGUCUUCGCCCGCCUAAGCGGCAAGACGGCGCGGAUCGGCGAGUUCGGCAUCUUACAUCCCUCUGUCCUCGAGAACUUCGAGCUCAAGUACCCCGUCAGUACGCUCGAAGUCAAUCUCGAGGUCUUCUUAUAA